UGGGAGAAAGGGCACACUAUUACUCGAACUUUGGACCGCAGCAUGCAAUGCUCUGGGAGCCAACAGCAUGGUGGAUGACCUCCAGCAUGCGGCCGUCACAGCUGGACCUGACGCUCGUGGCCAUCCGUCGUUUGUAACUGAGGGUAAUGACCAGACAUAGAACCAACCCUGGAGAUGCCGAAGAGAAGAGAUAUUCUUGCCAUCGUGUUGAUUGUGUUACCAUGGACCCUCCUCAUCACUGUGUGGCACCAAAGUGCAAUUGCCCCCCUGUUUGCCAUCCGAAAGGUCUGUCACCAUCUAGUAAAAGAGAUCUUAAUCAUACCAGAGCGUCUAACCAUCCACCGGCAACGGCUAGCAGAUGACGGGACAGAGACUAGGCACGACACUGGCCCAGCCACGGACUCAAAGGAAUAUUGCUCACAGGACAAGGACAUAGUGGAGGUGGUCCGUACAGAAUACGUGUACACAAGACCUCCUCCCUGGUCUGAUGUAUUGCCCACCAUCCACGUCAUCACGCCGACAUACAGCCGCCCCGUGCAGAAGGCCGAGCUAACACGAUUGGCUAACACCUUCCUCCACGUGCCCAACCUGCACUGGAUUCUGGUGGAGGACUCUCAGAGGAGAACUCCUCUAGUCACGAGGCUUCUGAGGGAAACGGGGCUGAACUACACACACCUCAAUGUGGAGACCCCACGGAACUAUAAGCUGCGAGGGGACACGAGAGAUCCCAGGAUUCCACGUGGCACCAUGCAGAGGAACCUGGCUCUGAGAUGGCUACGGGAGACCUUCAACUCCAACAGCAGCCAGGCAGGAAUCGUCUAUUUUGCAGAUGAUGAUAAUACAUAUAGCUUGGAGCUGUUUGAGGAGAUGCGAUCAACUCGUAAAGUAUCAGUGUGGCCUGUAGCAUUUGUUGGAGGUUUACGAUACGAGUCUCCAAAGGUCAAUGCAGCAGGAAAAGUGUACGGGUGGAAAACAGUAUUCGACCCUCACCGGCCCUUUGCCAUCGACAUGGCAGGGUUUGCCAUCAACCUGCGACUCAUUCUGUUUAAGCCUCAGGCCUACUUCAAGUUACGAGGGGUGAAGGGAGGCUACCAGGAGAGCAGCCUUCUCAGAGAGCUGGUCACUCUCAGUGACCUGGAACCCAAAGCGGCCAACUGCACUAAGAUUCUUGUGUGGCACACACGGACAGAAAAACCUGUCCUGGUGAACGAAGGAAAGAAAGGCUUUACAGACCCAAACGUGGAGAUCUGACAUCUGCUUCAGUGUAGGGAAGCUUCCAGAAGGACCCAAAAGGGGAUUGCAGGGAGAUAUUACCUAAUACCACAUUUUUGAACAGUUUGGAUGCUUUUUCCUGUAAACCACAACUAAACAAGCUCAACAAUAUGGACCUAUUAUUCUAAAGCACAGAUUAGUCUUUUUUUAAGGCAAUAUCAUCAGUAUUUUGCAAGAACAAAACCAGAGAGCACUAGACAGAAAGGAAAAUGUUAUGUAAAUUGAUGAGGGAACAUAUGAGAACUGCUAAAACUCCUCACUUCCAUGGAUUUAUAAACUCUGGAUGAAGAAGAGACACAAAAAAUGGUCAAAACAGUCUCAGAGACUGACCAAGAGCGAACAGUCAUCCAUUUAUGAACCUUGAUGUUCCUUCAUGUCUAACGGAUUGAUACAUAAACAUUAAGAAGGGAAUGUCUUCUUUUUACAUAAUGUAUUGUAUUUUAAGUUUAUGUUUUUGUCGUUUACAUUACUGUCUUGCUAGCACAGCACUACUGAUAUUUUGCCUUAGUUCAAAUUCAGCAUCACUUUGCAGUAUUAAACCAGUUCUAUCAUAUACCAGUGCUAGCUGAUAUACUGGAUUUAGAGAUUACAAAGUUGUAACACAGUUCUCAUGACUAAGACCUAAAUGAUAUGAAUAGCACUUGAAUUUGUUCCUGUGCGUCCAUUGUUCCUGUUAGGACAUGCGUUGUAAAUAUAAUUUAAAGAUGAACAAUCAGAGACUUUAAAAUAAAGUGUUCUAGCAUUCAACAGAACAAACAAUGUAACUACUGUAUUUGUACUUCUGUUUAAAGUAAGAAUCCAUAGUUUAUAUUACAACUUCUAUAAAACUUCACAAAUGUUCACAGUGGUUAUACCAAAGGAGACAGAACUGAUGGGUAGGAUUUCACAAUGUUAGUAUUCAAUAUUAAUUGGGCUAGUCUCAGAGAGCAGCACAGAGCUCGCCUUAGUAAAUAUUCAGAUGUAUUUAUAUGUCAAACCGAAGCUUUGGGCUUUGCAGAGGGGAUCUGUCAUGAAGACAUGUUGCUGUACUAAUGAAGCUAAUACUGAGACACCUGGGAAUCUAGAGUGAACAAAAUGUCUUUGCAUAAAGCAAAGCUAUUUUCUUAUAUCAAAAACUGUGUAUAUUGAAUAUUUAAGGCACAUCACUGAAAUUGCAUGUGCAAAAAAUCUUAACCUGUACUAAUAUUAUGAUAAAUCUAGCUUGAUUAUCAUUACACUAAAUUAGUGAAUUUAAGCCACCUUUUCACUGCUUACGUCAGAUUAUGGACCCAAAUUUGUUAGCAAUGGUUCUCCAUUGGGACCUCAAGUGAUACCAUUGGCUUAAAGAACUUUUAAUGGUACUCUCUUUAGCGCCGGAUUACAAUUACUACAAAAUCAUGUUAUAUGUCAUUCGAAGUCUGUUUUAGUAAGCUAGUUAGACUAGCUUAGCAAACAGAUUAAUUUUAUCAUUUUAUUAAAGGAUGGCUUUGCCAAUUUUCAACCAGGAUUGCAUCAUUACAAUGUUGUAAUGAAGUAGUAUACUGUAUGUAUGGUUAAUAACCAAAUGACACAUUUUGCGUCAUUCGACAGACAUUUCCAGACAAAUAAAUGGGGAUAUCUGGGUGCAGGUAACAUGGAGAAGGAGUACAAAUCAUGUUCAUUUACAUAUACUAACAACAUUGUAACAAUAUAAAGCUGGUUGAAAAUUGCGUAAAUUGAAUUAAUGUAAACUAUCGAUAAUUAAAAAAAAAAAAAACUCUGUAGAAUAGGCAUCAGUAAUAAAUAAACAUAAUUAUUCACGCUGUUUCUAUUCUCCAAAAUUAGUCUUUUUACUGCAUGUUUUCAGCUAUUCAUUAACUGUAGGGUAAACGCUUGUGCUGUUACGCUUCUUUACUGGAGACGUGAACAGAAACACGGUAGCUUCACAAACAAAUGCUAUUCCAACUCCCAAUAGGGGAACAAGUGCGUAGUCAAUGAAAAGGUGGCUUUAAGCCCAAAGUAUACUCAGCUUUUUAUGCAUAUGCUAAGAUAUGUGUACAGUGUGCUUGAUGUGAAUAUCAUAAUCAACAUCACUAAGUAUUUGCGCCAAAACCCAAAGUAUACUUUGGGGAUAAGUCCAGAGACAGCAACAAUAAACAAGCACUUUAAUGAAUACAUACCCGGCACUCUUGUUAAAAUGAGUACAAAGACAAGUUUAUCGGUCAUAACUUCUGGAAAGAAAUGGCGCAGACACUAGACAAGAAAGAAACAUUCUAGUGUGCAUGUUUGGAGUAUAUUUUGAAAGCGUUUGCAUCAAAAAUAAAGUAUACUUUGGGCUUUAAACUGGCUUAGAAGAAGCAACUGUACAUUGCAGCCCUCUAUAAUGAACACACUGUAAACACUUGUAUCAUGAAAAAUACAUAUACUUCUUAACCCUGAGCACAAAAGUAAAAAAGGAAAGAAAGUAAGCAAAUAAGCAAGCAAGCCCUCCAGUUGUUUCAUCUGGAAAACACAUUUACGGGUAGAUGUCGGGUUAUUUGUGGCUAUACAUAAGCAGUGUUUAUUUAUAUUUUACAUUAUAAAGCACAAAUAGUUCAUAUGUUUGACCAUAGAACAUUAUUUGAGGAACAGAAGUUUUCCUCUCAGUUCAUUCUCGCUUUAUUUGGGUGUCAUUGAAAGAUUUGAAAGGGUUAGUAAUUCUUGUACUGUCACUUUAACAACCCAUAAUUAGCUCAUCAAUCAGUUUUAAAGCAUAGGGUGCAUAGCACAUGUUUAAUGGGAUAAAACUUUUCAAACUUUGAUGACAUAACCACUUCCUUCUGGGAUGUGAUGGAUUAUGGCUGUAAGACAUUUAAAAAAAAAGCGACUCCUCAUUUCUUUGUUAUUUCUGAAGUUUGUGCGAAUCAAAGUCUUCUGUGAGCACACACAUAAUAACACACAGCUCUGCGCUCUUAUCUACGGCUAACAAAGUACCACAACCCUACUGAGUUUCAAAAGCCUCUUGAGCUCACGGAGGCCUUCAAAACGGCCAGACAAUACACAUGCAGACUAAUGAAGGACAGGGGACUGUCAUUAAACUGAAAGACUGAAUUUUUUUACCUUCUCUUUUAUUCAGUAAUUAGCAAGGCAAUCAGUCCAUUAAAAGAUGAAAACCAUAGAAAAACGAGGACAUUAUUGUAGCAUUUAGACUGUCUGAAAUGCAACCAUUUUUAUGGAGACACUUGCAGUAGCUUUAAUUUGAUUCACAUCUGUGUUUCCAGUAUUUCAUUAGUCUGUGGUUCAUAGGGGUCAAAUUCUCUGCCAGGUUUGUUUUCCUUUCAUGCUCUUAAAAACCACAUCCAUCCUUUCUUUCCACAUUCACCUCCAGAGCACAUGAGUGCAUGUAUACUAACUGCAAGACAAUUACCAUGGCACCUGUUAGUUGCUUAAACGGUGAUGCUGAGAUAAAAUUGUUUGCUUUAGAACCAGAACACAUAGCUGAGGCAAAGCCAAGCAAACCAUAAAGAUGACAUAUGAACAUGUGAAUUCAUUCGUCAAGAAAUUGCCUUCUAGCCUGUUUCUUUUUCGCAGCUGCAUCUGUUUUGUGUCAGAUGCUGCUACAAACUCCCCACUUUAUGUAUUGUUGAAGAAAAACAACUGUUGUACGAGGUUUAUGUAUUUAUUCUAUAUUGACAUAUUUAUGUAUUUAUUUACAUUACAACGUCUUUUCUUAUGGAGCUGAACUUCCGCUUAAAUAUGAAAUGCCUGUGUUUAUUUCAUGAAACACUGGCUCAGCUCACAAACAGCACAGACCCAUUGUUGUUUUCUCAUAUUGCUACUGAACUGGGACUUGAUUGAUGACCUAACAAAACAGGCGGCUCAUUAAAAAGCUGUUAACGAAACCGAUGUAGGUUAUGACCUCCGACACAAGCCUCCAGUAAUCAAGGACAUCUCUCCUGAUUUCCAAUCUGAUUCCGAACCACAUUAGCACCGUUGUAUAAAUAUCCAGAAUCAUGCCAGGCUGUUUGGUCAUCUAUUUUUGUAAAAGUGAUCAGGUUUUCCAUUUUGCCCACUGAGUACUUUGCUAAAAAUUAGUAUGUUUGCCCGAAAACACCCACCUUCAUCUUCCCUCUUGCAAGACGAAACAUUUCUGCAUGUUGCUCUUGUAAAUGUUCUUCUUUUUGUUCCACGGAUCAUCUCCGAACGAAAAAGAUUAAAAAUGUCAGAAUAUAAUAAAUGUGUUAGGA